UUGAAACCACAACAAAAGAAAAACAUUUUGUAUUAAUUACGCCGUGACAAUUUUUAAUUCUUACAUAGCAAAUACAUAGUACAUAACUGGAUACAUAGUACGAAUGCUAAACGUGUAAUAUAUAAUAUUUGAUAUAAAGUCCGAAAUUAAAAGCUCGAUUUUAUCUAUAAUUGUAAAAUGAGUUUGGUAGGAAAGAAAUGCGAAUCAAUAUCGCUUCAUGAAACAAACAGAUCCGGGGCUAUGUGUGAUAUUACACCAGAAGAAGUUCUAAAGUUAGAAAAUAUUACAGAAUCAUAUUUAUGUAGUCCAGAGGCAAACGUAUACGAUAUUGAUUUCACGAGAUUCAAAAUUCGGGACUUGGAAACAGGAACCAUAUUAUUUGAAAUUGCGAAACCUCCUACGGAUUUUGGAGUAGAGAAUGAUGGCGCUGACGACGGUUCUGAGGAACCACUUGAUCCAAAUGCUGGUAGAUUUGUGCGGUACCAAUUUACUCCUCAGUUCUUAAAACUACAUACUGUCGGUGCUACUGUGGAAUUUACUGUUGGCUCAAGGCCAGUCAAUCAUUUUAGGAUGAUUGAAAAGCAUUUCUUCAGGGACACAUUAUUGAAGACCUUUGACUUUGAGUUUGGAUUUUGUAUACCAUUUUCUCGUAAUACGUGUGAACAUAUUUAUGAAUUUCCAACACUGCCACCUGAUCUAGUUGAGGAAAUGAUUGCAGCCCCAUUUGAAACCUGUUCAGACAGUUUUUAUUUCGUGGACAAUAGGCUUGUUAUGCACAACAAAGCUGAUUAUGCUUAUAAUGGUGGAAUAAACAACUAAAUUAAGAAGGUGUUAGCAAAAUAGAUUGGAACUAUAAGCAUACAGUAUAGUAUACUCAACUACAAAAUGGCUGAUAUUAUAAAAGUAUUGUAUUGGUAUAAUUUUAAUAUUAAAAUUUAAUGAAUGCAGUGACGGCACUUUAAAAUAAUAUGUAAGAAAGAAAAUUCGAAUUGGCUUUAAACUUGAGUAGAGAGAUAUAACUACUCAUUUGGAUGCCGUCCAAUGGCUUGUUGCACAAGCAAUGCUUUAAAAAAAAUAAAACCUAUGUGUUCAA